AUGGCAGACACUCAGAAGUACAAAAACCCAGCCACAAUGCCCACAUCCCCGAGUCCUGCAGGAGCCAACCUCAGCCCAGCUAAAGACUACAGAAUGACGAGGAGGAUCAUUGCUGAGGAUCGAGACUGGUCCCUGGCUAUAGUGCCCUGUUUAUCAAACCUCUGUCUGCAAAGCAUCAUGAGAAACUUUGAGGAAAAGCCCAUAUUUGAAGACCUGACACCCCACCAGAAAGACUUUGUGCAGGAGAGGCUGUCCACUUCCCUGAGCCUGCACGUGACAGCUAACCUGAUCAACGAUGGUGUCUAUUGGAAGCGGUGCUGCGAGCAGCGGUGGGACCUUUGUGACGUCUCUCACUACAGCCACAGCUGGAAACGAAUGUACUUUGAGAGGCACAUGGAGAACAUGAUUGAGCUUUUUAUCCCAGAUGUGACAGAUCCUAAGACAGUUCUAGAGACGGUACCUCUUUGUAAGAACUAUGUGAAAAGACUGGAUAUCUCCCAACUCCUGCCGCCUAUCAAGGAGCCCCAGAAGGAGGAAGAGGAACAUGGCUUCGAGUUGGCAAGUGACACUGACUAUGAUGGACCGUCUAUGGACCACUUUGACUUUAACAUCAUGCUCAACAAGCUGACAAACCUGGAAGAGCUCCACUUGGUGUACAGGGUCAAACAGUGUGGCAUGAACUUUGAAUGGAAGAUGUUUGAGAUGACUGACAGAGACUGUGAGUCCCUCGCCAAGGCCCUGAAGUCCUGCGAGACUUUGAAGCUUCUAAGGCUCCAUCAAAGCCACAUUGAGGACAAAAAGUGUCGCAUGCUGGUGAAAUACCUUUUGCACCACCCAUCCCUGAGGGAGCUUGACUUUUCUCACAACCUGAUCGGAGACAAAGGAGCCAGAGCCAUCGGCAAACUGCUCACCAAUAGCAAACUGGAGAUACUGAACCUGUGUGACAACGACAUUCGAGGCCCGGGAGCCAAAGCUAUAGCUCACGCUUUGUCCAAGAAUUCCACCCUUUUGUCACUCAACCUACGUCUCAACCGUUUGCGAGAUGAGGGGGGCGAGGCUAUUGGCAAGGCCUUGCUGAACAACCACAUCCUACGUCACCUGCACCUGGGAGGCAAUGAGGUGACGAGGCCUACUGCUAUUGCACUGGCUAAAGUGCUAUUUCAGAAUAACACCCUGAAGAGCGUGAAUCUCUCCUGCAACAACCUGGGUGUGGAUGGAGGUAAAGCUCUGGAGGAGGCGAUGUCUCACAACACCAGCCUAACAGAAUGUGAUCUCCGUCUGACGGAGGUUGAUGAGCAGAGCGUUACCUUCAUUAACCAGGUGGUUUGGACCAACCAGAGUUUGGAGCAAAGGAGAUCUGCACUAGAGAGUAAAACCAAGUAG